AUGGACUUACUUGAUGAUACAAUAGAAUACACGCUUGUGCAGAAACCUAUGUGCAGAGCUUAUGAAAUCCCACCGUCAGCCAGAUCAACUGGCCAUAUGGCCGCAGAGUGGAAAAACUGCAUUUUCCAAGGAAAAGUAAGAGUGAUUGCGUCAGAAAAUAAGUGCGCUAUACAAUUAAUUACGAAUGAUAACCAACUAUUUGUAUCCUGCCCAGUUGAUCCUCAUGCAGUUGAAAGGUCAGUGGAAAGGGCUACUGACAGCUCGAGAUAUUUUGUGCUAAGAGUGGUGGGACCUAACGGAGCUCAUGCGUUCAUAGGAAUGGGAUUUGAUGAAAGAAAUGAUGCCUUUGACUUCUGGGCAGCUUUGGUUGACUUUUCUGGGCAAAUAAAGAAUGAAGAGCAGGCUGUUUUACAUCAGUCCAGCCCUGGCCCAGACUUAUCUCAUUUGCAAUUGGGACAGGGACAGUCAAUUUCCUUAUCAGGAGCAUCUACAAAUAAAACAGUUACAAAUUCUCAGCCAAAGCCACUUCCACGCCUAGCAAAGCCACCUCAAUAA